GACACCAAUGCACAUGAAAUAGACACAAAUGCACAUGAAAUAAACACAAAUGCACAUGAAAUAAACACAAAUGCACAUGCUUCUCCCAUAGGCGGUGCUGAUGGCCUUCCAGAAUCUUCCCUGUGUGCUCCUCAUCUGCUUAACUCAGUGUCUCUUUCACAGGGUGGGAAGGCGGGUCUUGGGCUGGUGAAGUCAUAGGUGAGGCUUAUGACAGCAGGUGACAGAAGUGUCUUGGUACAAGACUGCAUGUGUGGCCAAGUGUCUGGAACCCCAGCUCUUGGGAGGUGGAGGCAGGGGGAUCAGGAGUUCAAGGCUAGCCUUGCAGGGCAAGCACCCGUGACUCCAGAAAGCCUGGUCCCCACGCCCAGCCCUGAGAACAGCCGCUGGAGCCUGGUAAGGGCCAGGGUGAUGGAGAUGGUGCAGCCACUGGUGACCAGGACCAGAGACAGAUGGCAGUGGUUCUGGGGCCCCGGGGCUGUCCAGGGCUUUGUGCAGACCUACUAUGAAGACCAUUUGAAAGACCUGGGUCCCCGCACUCAGGCCUGGCUGCAAAGCUCCAGAGAUCAGCUCCUGAACAAGACCCACAGCCUGUGUCCCCGGUUGCUCUGCAGGGAUGGGACUCAGGGUUAAAGUGCCACACACCUCCCCUGGGCACCUGCAAUAAAGCUGUUUGUUCUUAA